AUUCGUGCGGUACAGAACGUCGAUUUUGUUUUCUCUGCCAUCAUCAAAUUCAUUCCAAAAAAAAAAAAAAAAAACUCAACUCGAAAGUGAAAUUUUAUUCAUAAAUUUCAUUGAAAUUAUCAUUUUUAUAUUAUUUCAAUUUUUGACUAUAAAUUAAUUUAAAAAAAAAAAUGGCUGGAGGUAAAGCUGGUAAAGAUUCUGGAAAAGCUAAAGCAAAGGCAGUGUCACGAUCUGCACGAGCAGGACUUCAGUUCCCCGUUGGUAGGAUCCAUAGGCACUUGAAAAGCCGAACCACAAGUCAUGGACGCGUUGGAGCUACCGCUGCCGUAUAUUCUGCUGCUAUUCUGGAAUACUUAACUGCUGAGGUUCUCGAAUUGGCUGGCAAUGCAUCAAAGGAUUUAAAAGUUAAACGUAUCACCCCACGUCAUUUACAAUUGGCCAUUCGUGGAGACGAAGAAUUGGACAGUCUGAUCAAAGCCACUAUUGCCGGAGGUGGUGUCAUUCCACAUAUUCACAAAUCUUUGAUUGGUAAAAAGGAGGACAAUGUUCAAGACUCUCAGCGAAAAAAUACUGUCAUUUUGUCCCAAGGGUAUUAAAGCUUAUUUCCGUAUUGUUAUGAUAAAAUUAACGUACUUUUAAUAAUUAAAUAAUAUUUUACAUAAAUAUUUUUUAUUUCUAAUGAAAAAAAAAACGACCACAAUCACUUCUUUUUUAAAACGAUUGAAUAAUAAAUAAAUUUAAAUGUAAUUUUUUUGUUUGGAAAA